AUGCUUCAUCGACCUACACUUAUGCCUCCAUCAAUGAAAUCAUCCACAAAAUUCAACCUUUCCACAAAUUCACCACAUCCAUCCCAAUCAAUCAAAAUUGAAAGUCCAGAAUUAAUUCAACUUUUCAACUGUAAUGAUGAUGAUGAAAUUGUGGUUGUUGAACCGACAGAUCCAGAUGAAGAUCGAAUGAAACAGGAAGAGACAACAUUUGAAGAUGUAUUGAACAAGAAACAAGAAGAUCACAACGAAGAAGUUGAUCACAAUGGUAAUGAAACGGACAUGAAUUCAACUGAAUCCAACAUGCCAGUGUCGACUAGUAAGGUGGUGGAUGAACCGACUGUAAGCGAAACACAAAACGAAGCUCCAAUCACCGUAACCACGGAUUCGGUGAGACCCAUCAGCAUCUUACCUCUGAAUGAUGCCAUUCAAACUCUUUUAACAUGUACACCACAUGUUCCCACUAUACAGAAUGUCUCGAUUCAACCUAUACUACCAGGUAAAGUGAGCGGUUCGGGAAGUGUACAGAACCCGAGUGUUGUUCCCAGUGUAUUGCCUACACUGUGGCUCCAUUCUCCUGUUGUGAAUCCGACGGCUAUUAGUGUGCCGAAUUUGAAUAACCUAACAGAUUUGACGAAUAAUAUUGUGCAGAAUACUACGAAUGCACUCAAUCCACUUGUGGCUGCUGUACUUGUCAACUGUGCUACAGUGAACAUGAUCAGUCAACUAGCAGGAUCUAUGUGUAGUCCGAUCAUGAACAGCCUGAUUGAUGCAAAUGUUAGUGUUAGUAACGUGAAUAGUAAUAAUAAUAAUCUAAUCCAGAGUGGAAUCACCAGCAGCUGCAAUAGUGGUAGUGGUGUGACCACUGUAACAAUCCCUACAGCGUCAAUACUUCCUAAUUUAUUAUCUGCGAUCCCUCUGUCUACGCAUGUACCUGGAUUAACAAUGAACACAACCAAUGCGGUUCUAUAUACUUCAGCGAAUAAUGUGUGUGAUGUUGGUGUUAAUAGUGCAGUAGUAUCGUCUACUGGAACUCUCAUUACGAAUAAUAGUAAUAAUACUGGAAGUAUGAUUGUGAUACCAUCGAAAGUGGAGAAUGUUCCUACAACUUCAUUGUCAUCCAGUGUGAAUUUCAGUCAAGCUGAAAGAAAAAGUGUGACAUAUAAUACUGGAGAAUUAAACAUGAAUAAUUCACAGAAUAAUAAUAAUAAUAAUAAUAAUAAUAAUAGCUGUACAAUGACAAAGAAUGCUUAUUCUAAAGUUGUGUUCAAUACGAAAUGUACUAAAGAAUCAAGGAAGCACACCUGUACAUAUCCAGGUUGUGGUAAAUCUUAUACUAGACGACAUCGAUUAAAUCAACAUAUAUCAACACAUACUGGCACUGGUCCAAUACCUUGUGAUGCACCAAAUUGUAAUGUGAGAUAUUUUUCCGAGGAAGAUUUAAAACGACAUAAAUUAUCUCAACAUACUCUAGUUGAGAAAGGUCCUCGUCGUCGACAUGUAUGCACUUAUUCAGGAUGUGGUAAAUCUUAUUCAGAGUUGAACAAACUCAGGGAGCAUUUGAGGACGCAUACAGGUGAACGACCAUAUGUUUGUCGUAAACCUGGUUGUGGUGCUACAUUUGUUCGUUUAUCUGGAGUUAAAUCUCAUGAACUAACACAUGUAUACAUUCAUAAACGUUCGAAACGAUUAACUCAAUAUCCUAUCUCUAUGAUUAAUCAUAUCAUCGGAACAAGUUUUGACAGUUCUGAAUUAAAAUUGACUAAUCAAGAUAAUGCAGAAAUGAGUAGUGUUUCAUUAGAUACCUUACCUAAAUCAACUGAAAUAUCACCGAUAAUGCCUAAGAAUUGUACUUUUCCAAUGAUUGCACCAAAAUCAACUGAUCCUCCUUCUUCUUCUUUGUUACCGAUUUCCACUGUAAGUUGGGAUUCCGGAUUGAAAUUACCUCAUGUUUGUCCAUUUAAAGAAUGUGGUAAAGUAUUCCUGAAACGAAAUAAAUUACGUGAUCAUAUUUAUCGACAUACAGGUAUAAGACCGUUUGUUUGUGAUCAAUGUAAAGCAUCAUUUGUUCAACGUUAUGAAUUACGCUGUCAUAGUUAUGUUCAUCUUCGUGCUGCACAGUCUAAAAUUAUAAUUUGAUUCAUUUCGAAUUUCUUCCUAACCAACACUAACCAUUAUUCAAUUAAUAACAGUCAACUGAUCAUGCAUAUUUUUG